AGGACUACAACACAAAUUCAAGAAACACAUCGUCGUGCUCGCAUUGAAUAUGGAAAUGGCUCCAAAUGUUUAUGUUUUUUCCCUUAUUCUUUCAGUUUUGGUAUUUAGUAUUGGAUUGGUGAACUCCUUCGGCUUUCAAGGCUCUGUGGCGCUUGAUUCACUUACAUUUGACAAGGUAAUUGGUAAAUUCAAAGCGGUCUUAGUCAAGUUUGAUGAGAACUAUCCGCAUGGAGAGAAGCAGGGAGAGUAUAAGAAGAUAGCGUCUGGUGGGAGUUCUCAGCCUGAAUUACUCAUUGCUGAGGUUGGAAUACAAGAUUUUGGAAGUAAGGAAAAUGGUGACUUAGCAGAACGCUUCAACAUCCUCAAAGAAGAGCGACCCACUUACAAACUUUUCCUCCAAGGAAAGAAAGAGCCAAUCAGCUACAUCGGAGAAAUAAUCAGCUCGAGCAUCUUGGAUUUUGUUCAGGAACAUUCCGGCCUUUGGAUUGGUCGAGAGAGCUGCAUUGAAAGCUUUGAUAAUAUAGUCAAGGAGUUCGUCAACGGAGACGAGAUGAAGCAGAAUUUGCUUCUUGAGAAGGCAGCAGAAGAAAAAGAGAAAUUAGAGUUGCAGGACGAGAAGAAAUCUGCAGAGAUUUACAUCAAAGUGAUGAGAAAGAUUCUGGAGAAGGGGAAAGAGUUUGUGAUCUUGGAGAUUGAGCGGGUCAAGAAAUUGCUGAAAGAGAAAGUCAGUGAUGCAAAGAAAAAGACUUUUGAAGCCAAGUUGAAUAUUCUGUCGUCAUUUAGGGCUUUCAUUAACUCUAAGGAAGAACUCUAGGGUAAUAAAGAGCUGGGAUACAUUUUUGUUUCCAAUUUGUUUUGCACAUUUCCAAGGGAAAUGAAUUUGGGAAGUCUUCACUAUGUAGAAUUUCAAUUAAUUUGUCACAUUUAAGAACACUUUAACUUUCAAGAUGUAGGAUAUUCACCUUCACUCAAAGAUGUCACAAUUUCCGUUGCAGCUGUCAAGUGCAAAAAAUAAUGUUAUGUAACUCAUUUUUAAUUUUAACAUUGUUAUUAAAUUUAUACCCUGAAAUCAUUCUAAUUUGUAUCAAGGAAAAAAUGUGCAAUCUUAAAUAAAAAUUUAUCUGGCUAAAUUGAAUGAAAAUAUUUUAAUGAAGUUAAAUUUUGGAGUAGUAAUGUAAGUAGGAAUUAUUAAAAAAAUCUUCACACACAUUUUUUUUUUUUUUGAUGUUCAAGCAGCUCCAAGCUCAUCAAAACGAAAUUUUGAAAUAUUUGUUAGCGAUAUCUCUAUUUGGAAUUAGGAAAAAAAAAUUCAUUACAAAUUUUUGAAAUAAAUCUAUGCAACACCUCAAUGAAAUAUUGUUUAAAUCAUGAAUUUUGAUUAACAAGUCGGCCACUUACAUGUAUCAUUGGCCGAUUUGUUUUAUGUAAUGCCUUUAUUAUGAAAACUUAAUACCUCCAAUCUGUAAAAAAAAGAAUCUGCCCCCAAACAUUAUCUUACACAUCUUCUUUAAAGGAAAAGAACUUUGGAGAUUUGCACAAAGAAACUUUUAACAUCAGGGUCAUUAGAUAAUGGGGAUGUUAUAGUAAGAUUUACUAUAGUGUUUCCCUGUUACUGUUUUCAAGUUUUUUGACUUGACAAGGUCACAAGAAGCAUAUAUCACUUUU